ACGACAAGCUCUCUGCCGGCCGAGCCCGAAGGUUGCGUCUGGCGGAGGGGAGCGUGAGCGAGGUGAGCGGGGCUACCCUGGCUGGCUUGACAGAAGAAGAGGGAUUGACGUGUUUUCUCUGCUGUUGUUUGUGCCGCGCCAGGGCGAGAGGCGGUGCGCGGUGGAGAAAGAACCGAGCGACGUGGCCCCCAGUGCGCUUGUCAUGUCCGUGUGGGAGCCAACUUGCCAGCAGCGGUCUAAAUUUGCCGAGGAGGGAAACGCAUACUGGCUGUCUCGCUGGAGAGGAGUAUUAUUAGCAGUUCUCUCUGGUCAUGCCCUGCCAACUGCUACACCCAAGUGGACAGGUCAAGAGUAAAAAAACAGUAGAUUUGCAGGAUUAAUUGUGCACCAAGUUCGACACCAAACCCUGGCUCCCAUGCUGGCUGUCACAAAUUCCCGCCUCUAUACCCUCAGCCAUGCCUGCCACCACCACCAAAUCCACCAGGAGAAAGACUGGCCAGAAAGCCGCAACCACCAAACGGCAAACCAGCAACUCAAUUAAGGCCGGAGGAAGAGCUUCAGAGCGGCUCCAAACCCGGUCGACCUCCAAGGCUCAGUCAGGCCGAAGUCCUCGGGGAAGAGCGGGUAGUCGGGUUUUAGGUGAGGGAAGUGUGUCCCCUUCUAGGGUUAACCAUGUCCUCGGUGUAACAGGAUCUGUGAGGCUUAGGCGCUUGAGCAAUGUGCCUGACCACUAUGGUGAAUUAGAGGACCCCCUAUGGCGGAGGAAGUCCCCACGAGGUGUGCGGGUAUCAGCUGGUUCCUGCUUGCCUCCCAAAUCGUGCAGAGGUGCAAAAAAGACCAGGGGGGUUCUCGGAAGAGGAGACACCUUGCAUCGCAGAAACCAACAGAACACACGCACAGACGAAACAGCUACUGAUGUCCGGAAAUCAGACCCCUGCAAUGUGGAAGAGCUUCUACCCGUUUCUCUGAAAACUGAUUUUCAGGUGCCUGCUAAUAAAGGUGCUAAAGAAGGCAGCCCCCUUAAAGCGGACUCUCCGCCACAUAAUGACACUGUGGAGGACUGCGUGCCGUGCGGCUGUGACAGCGACAUAGCCGAGCAAGACCACCAGACAAGCAUUGAAGGUGAAGAAGGUGAGCCUAGGACUACGAGUGCUAACCUUCAACUGGAACCAAGCAAAGAUAACCUCGAUCAGCUAGGUGCUACUAGGGUCCACUCUCCUGCUUUGCAAAGACUGGAACAGGAAUACAACCAUGUCAAAGAUGAUGAUUUGGACUUGGGAGAGAAUAGGCCUGACACAUCUGAAAAACAGGAGGAAGUACACCCAGAGAGAAUUGCAGAGAAAACACCUCCAAGAUCUGAUGAAGCUGAGCAAGUAAUGGCGGACGUGGUUGAGGUGCUGGCUAAUGAACAUGGUCAUGUGCUCACCGAUUCCACUGCGUCCCACCUAAGCGCCCCAGCCUCUCAACCUUUGGAAAAACAACACUCCACUGAAGGUCCACAGGAGCAGUCAGUAGAUACGGUGCUAACUGUCCCAAACACAGCUACCUCAAAUUCCACCAAAGCCCCAUCCACCUCAGUGGACCUUCAGGAUGAGACAGACAUGCAAACUACCGUUCAUGGUGCUAAGCCUCCAGUCCCAGGACCCUCUGCUGUCCCAGAGACCUCCAAGUCGACCAAUCAAGUGCGAAGUACACCGGUUAUUAUCUGCAGUGGGUCCCUCAAAGCGAGGAGUUUCUGGGAACUGCAGACGCACACCAAAGACGGGCAGCCUUCUCCAGAACCAUUAGAGGCGGAGACCUCUUUGCCAUCAUCAAGCAUAUCUGAGUGUGACCCAGUCCGUGAGCUGGAACCACCGCCAAAGAUCUCAACCCCCACUCUGGACGGCAGCUCAGUGUUGUCCUACAGCUCAGAGAGCACACGCUCUUCCUUCUCCUUUGACACAGAAUCCGAAUCCUACGGAGAUUCCUCAGUUCCGCCGGGACCCUGGGGGGCCGAGGGCGGGCGCCUUCCCUCCCGGAUCAAGGAACAACGGAAAGACCGGAGAAAGCGUAGCAGGUGCGGGAGGUGCGAGCCGUGCCUGAGGAAGAUCAGCUGCGGCCGGUGCAGCUGCUGCCUCAACCGCAGGACCGGCCACCAGAUCUGUAAGAUGAGGAAGUGUGUGGAACUGAAGAGGAGACGGACGUCAAGCCCGCUUGCGCUCCCUGCUGCACAGGUGGUUCCAGAAAGUGAGUCGUUCAAUGGCAAGGGGACGGCACCGAUGGAUGACACCUACAUUGCAGCAGAGGUGGACGAGGAGGAGGAAGGCCACAUACAACAUACAAAAACUCCCCUCAUCACCAACUCGCUUCGCCACAACCCGCCGUCGGACCUCGGCGGACGGCAUGCACUUAUGCAACGAGAGCUCGGGCUGCAGCUGAGCAGCACUGCACUUCAACAACAUGCACGCGCUUCUGUGAACUUUCACAAUGGUUCCACAGAGAACCAGACGAGCCACAACGGUGCUAAUGUGGCAGACCCCAUGUCUGCGCAUCACAGGGCUAUGAUGGCCUCCCAGCCUCAGCGGAGUAUCAUCGCAGCCAUACCCUCUCGGAAUGGACCCAAGACUCCAACGUAUGACACGGAUCCGGUGAAGAGAAUCAAACUAGAGGAGCCGUGGGGGCGUGAUGAGGAACCGACCACCACUCAGUUAAACGAGGUAGAUGAGGUCUGCGAAGACCCUCUGUCCACGUUGGCGGCAGUGGUGUGUCUCUCUGUCACGCAGAGGCGAGGACUAGAGGAGAAACUCUUCAGCGCACGUUCUUCUGCUCUUCGAUGCAUCAAAACGGAGCCACCAGAUCUGCACUUAAUCAAGAAGAAGUCUGAGGAUUUUAGGAGUGACUUGCUGAAGACUCCCCAGACUAUCAAGAGUGAACCUCCUUCAAAUGACUUGUUACCCAGCGUGCAGUCUCUGGCAGAGAAGAGGAAUCUCAGUUUUGACCAGGCUAUCGCCAUUGAGGCCUUAACUCAGCUGGCAGCUAUACCUCAACGUACCCCAGUGUUCAUUAAAGCUGAGAGGAAGUGGGAACCUCCCGCAAGCACGCAAGAAGCCAAACCCUACAACAAAGUAUCGGUCAUCAGCUCACCGAUUCACCAGACGUCCGUUAUACACCCCCCUGUGGCCAGACAGGGGAAUGUCAUCAAGCUUUGCAAGGGUUCAACCUCUAACACAAAAGAGGACAACGAUGGAUCACCCUGCAGGAGGCCGUAUCCGAGCUUUGGCUCUCGCAUCAUCAAGUCAGAAUACAACAGUGUCGAUCUCGGUGAAGGUCAUGAACAUCAGUUCUGGGAGAGACCGAAGGUGAGGAGGAACCGAGACGAGGAGGAGGUGGCGGCUCAACUGGCGGACUUGGCCUUCAUUAUCCAGUCCAGACAGAGCCAGCUGUCAGAGAGCAAUCAUCUUAGGGGGACUCCCGUGUCAGCCAUCAAAUACAACUACAGCUCACAGUUAACACCCAGUCAGAAGAAGAUGCCUGCAAAGAAGACGAGAACAACCCCUUCAAAGCCCAGGAAGAAGAAGAUUAACGAGGGACCACACGAGGUAGUCAAUCGCAGAACCCCCCUUUCAAAAGGCAUGGCCAACGGCGAUGCAUCACACAGAAGCAGAGGAAAGAAGAUCCCCCCGCCUGGGAAGUCAGGGCUUCCCCAUCGGAGGAACCUGUUCCUGCCUCAGGCUCAAAUUGACCUGAAGAGAUACAUGGCUGAAGCACAAGAGGAAGCAAGGCAACUCAUCCAGACUCACCAUUACAACCCUCUCUCAAGGACCAACCAAGGCCUGGAGAACUCGCUCUUGUCUUAUCUUCACCCCCCACUUCACCACCACAGCAAUCCUGCAGCAGGAGGACCAGGGCAGGCGUGUGAAAGGCGUUUGUUAACUCAGGUAGCUCAGCCCUGUGCAGGGCUGCAGCACGGUGCUGAUCCCAACGCCAGCACAAAUGGCGCUGCUCACCUCAGCCACACCGCCUACCCUGGUCUGGCUAACGGCCUCUCAGGGGCUCGGCAGUCCCCUCCCCCAAGCCAGCAGAGUUACUACAAGCUGGAGAGGUCAGGACCCGUCACUGUCUUGUCUACGUCUACUGACGGAGAUGCAGGCCACUCUGCAGAGUCGACUCCAUCCAAGAACAGUGUCAACAGCUUUCUGGAGUCGCCCAUGACGUUUCUGGACACACCGACAAAGAACCUGCUCAACACACCUUCCAAAAAACUGUCUGAUCUUCCUGGCUGUCAAUGCAUGGACCAAAUCGUUGAAAAGGAGGAAGGGCCUUACUAUACUCACCUUGGGGCAGGACCCAGUGUUGCUGCUGUAAGGGAACUGAUGGAAAACAGAUAUGGUGCCAAGGGAAAUGCGGUGAGGUUGGAAGUUGUUGUUUACACUGGAAAAGAAGGAAAGAGCUCCCAGGGAUGUCCCAUAGCAAAAUGGGUGAUCCGACGUGGCAGCGAGGAAGAGAAGCUGCUGUGUUUAGUCCGGCAGAGACCAGGGCACCACUGUGACACCGCCGUGUUGGUCAUCCUCAUCCUGGCCUGGGAGGGAAUCCCCCGGCCGGUGGCAGACCACCUCUACCAGGAACUGACAGAGACCCUCUUUAAGUACGGCUCCCCCACCAGCCGACGCUGCGCCCUCAACGAAGAUCGCACGUGUGCAUGUCAGGGGUUGGAUCCGGAUACCUGUGGGGCUUCGUUUUCUUUCGGCUGCUCGUGGAGUAUGUACUUUAACGGCUGUAAGUUUGCCCGCAGCAAAGUGCCACGCAAAUUCCGUCUGCUGGGAGACUACCGCGAGGAGGAGGAGAAGAUCGAGAAAAACCUGCAGGGUCUUGCCACUGACCUCGCACCACUCUAUCAGAGCCUCGCUCCUGAAGCCUUCCAGAACCAGGUGGAACACGAGGAGAAAGGGGAUUGCUGCCGGCUCGGAUGGCGGGAGGGACGUCCUUUUUCAGGAGUCACGGCCUGUGUGGACUUCUGUGCGCACGCUCACAAGGACAACCACAACAUGAACAACGGCAGCACUGUGGUUUGCACUUUAACCAAGGAGGACAACCGUGCAGUUCGGAAUAUACCGGAAGAUGAGCAGCUUCACGUACUUCCACUGUACAAGAUCUCUGACAGGGAUGAGUUCGGCCAAGUUGAAGGGCAGUGGGCCAAGAUCCGAACUGGUGCCCUCCAGGUUCUGUCAGCCUUUCCCAGAGAGGUGCGUCUACUCGCCGAGCCAGUUAAAUCAGCCCGCAAGAUGAGGCAAGAAGCUCGUCUCAAAGCUCAAGCUGAGAAACUGGAGAAGAAGCUUGGGCUGAGCCCCCUUACUCCUGCUAAAGUGAAGAGUGAAACCCCAACCAAAGGUGAGCAAUACACCCUUUACAACACUUACAAAGUAUCACCUCGACCUGCCAGCGUUGGACGGUGCCAGCCCAGCACUUACAGUCAAAGCACCAGCAACUAUCACCAACAGGGGGAGCUCACGUCCCCCAACCACCACCGCCUGCCUGGUGUCCAGUACGGCCACAACGGCUCGGUUCUGGCAUAUAAGACGAUGAAUGAGGAUGUGAAUGGUUAUCCUCCCACGCCCGAUGACCACAAGAGCCCGUUCGGACCUCCAUCAGAACAUAUACCUUCGCAUAAUUACCCCUGUACUUUUAAAACUGAGCCCAGCGAGGUGCAGUCUCCUGUGCGGAGGCCCUGCCCCAGCGGGAGUGCUCCUCCCCACUCCUCCUUCUCUCCUCGACCUACCUCUGAGGGCCUCUUCAGCAGGCUCAAUGGACUACACGGGGCAGCAGGGGACGUGGGCGCCCAGCUGCUGAGCCACGACUUCUCCUCCCUCCCUCUUGAACCGGAAGAGGUGAAGCAGGAAGAGGUGUGGUCGGACAGCGAGCACAACUUCCUGGACCACGACAUAGGCGGUGUGGCGGUGGCACCAUCGCACGGCUCCAUCCUCAUCGAGUGCGCGCGGCGGGAGCUCCACGCCACCACGCCUAUCCUCAAGCCCAACCGCAGCCACCCCACGCGCAUCUCCCUGGUCUUCUACCAGCACAAGUCCCUCAAUGAGCCGGGCCACGGGAUGGCCAUGUGGGACGCCAAAAUGGCCAAGCGGGAGCGGGAGAGGGAGGAGGAGGUGGAGAGAUUGAGGAUGGAGGAGGCGGGCAGUGGAGCUGCUGGCAGGGAUCUAGAGGAGGGAACAGGGGAGGAGAAAACAUGGAAGAUGAUGAAUGUUCCCACACGGCAAACAUGGACGCUACCGAGGGACGGCGUCAUCACUGUGUCCCCUUACGCCCUCACACACGUGACGGGUCCUUAUAACAGCUGGACUUAACACACACACACACACACACACACACACGCACAAACACACUGUGCUUAUUUAUGCCUUACCUCAAUCAACUUGAGACUGCUUGUCUUGGUUUUAUUUUUUCUACCUGGUUCUCAUCGUGCUCUUCUUAUCUCUGUUUGCUUUGUGCUUCCUCGUCUAUGAGUGACGAGGAAGACCAAAGUUCUUUUCUUUUUUUUUUAACUGUGAGUUUUGGUGUUUUGUUUGUAAAAGAGAUGGUGCUUUGAAGCAUUUUAAAGGUGUUUUUAAGGUUUUUUUUAAAAACAGGUUUUAUAUAUAUCUAUAUAUAUUCACGAUAAAGAACAAAAACCAUGUGAUUAUUUAUUUCGGAUCAGAGCGAUUUCUUUGUAAUUCCUGGUGUUCAGCCUGUUUACUGCAAGAGUUCUAUGAUGACGUACAUUAUGUGUUGGCGUGCAUCGCAAUUACUCGCUUUUUUUCCGUUUUUCUUCUCAUUGGUGCCAUUCUCACCCGGCCUGUGCAAAAUUCCAAAAUGAAUUAAGAAUGUCUCCCAAAUUCCAAUUCAAUUUCAUCAACAUGAAUUGCGGAUGCAAACAUGAAGUAGAAUUGUAAUUGAAUUGAAGGAAGUAGAAUUGAAAUUACAAUGAAAAACUUACAGUAUAUUCCAUAUGUGACUCUUUUACAUGCAUUAAAAUUUGUUACAAAAGGUCGGACGAAAACCGAAACGUAUGAAAACCUAGCUUAUUUUCCCAAAAAUAUUAACCAAAACUACAUUUUAUUAGAUUAAUAAUUGUAGUUUUACAUGCAGAAAACAAUGUGAAGUAAUUAUAAAUGAGGAAUGGAUGGAACCUAUUGUUGGCGCAGACUUCCCGUACAUCCUGGAGAGAUUGAAUUCUGUUGUGUUUCUCACCUUCUUUAUCAAAUUGCUGGCACUUACAAUCUAUUUUGGCCCCAUUUAGCAGUCGCACUUAAAAAUCCAAAAUGCACAGACAGUGAGUCAGCAACGCAUAGGGUGCUUUGUUUGUGUGCUCGAUAUUGCGGAACGAUACAGCGCAGGACUCCUUUGUUGCGUGCAAUAUUGUACGAAAACUGAGACAAAAUUUUAGCAAACAUUUUCAAAGAAAAUGGAAUCAAAACCACUGUUUGACUGGAUUAUUACGUUCAAAUCAUGGAAAAUGGUGGAAAAAUACUUUGUCCAAGUAUUCUAAAUGAAUUGGAGUGUUUGUAAAGUAUUUUGAGUAUCCAUCCGUCCAACUUCUUCCGCUUAUCCAAGGUCGCAGGGGCAGCAGCCUGAGCAGGGAAACCCAGACUUCCCUCACCCCGGCGAAUUCGUCCAGCUCCUCCUGGCAGAUCCAGAGACGUUACCAGGCCAGUUGAGAGACAUAGUCUCUCCAAUGAGUCCUGGGUCUUCCCCGAGGCUUUCUACCGGUCGGACAUGCCCUGAACACCUCCCCAGGGAGGCGUCAGGGAGGCAUCCUGAUCGAGCCAUCUUAUGGCUCCCCUCAAUGCAGAGGAGCAGCAGUUCUACUCCGGGUUUCUCCCGGAUGACAGUGCUUCUCACCUUAUCACUAAAGGAGAACCCAGCCACCCUACGAAGAAAAAUGGCCGCUUAUACCCGCAAUCUUGUCCUUUCGGUCACUACCAAAAGCUCAUGGCCAUGGUGACCAUAGCAGACAAUAGUAUUUUGAGUACUUAAGCCAAAAUCUAGUUACUAUUUCUCUGAGUUGCAAUGAAUUCCACUUCCUGUAAUUCCAGUGCUUUGAAUUAAUUGAAUUUAAAUUCCAAAUUUGGAUUUUUGCACAAGCCUGAUCCUCACUGUAGCUUUUUCCCAUACUCUAUCACACAAAUAUUUACUGCAGAUGAUCUCAUGUAGCAUCAUGGCUUUCCGCAUCGGUGUCUGUUGGAUCCUAAUGGAAUUAUUCAUGUUUGGUUUUCUGGAAGGUUGCUAAGAAGCACUUUUUUGUUGAAUUUCCCUGUUAUGUAUAUCACAGCUUUAUUUUAUAGUAUUCCCACAUUAUUUGAGUGGAAAAAUAUGAUACAUAUUUAAGGAAAUUGACGUUAGCAUUAGGAGCAAUUAUGAUUUACCACAACAAUGAAGUGCUUAUCUUUAGUGGGCACUUACUUUAUAUGUGUUCACCUGCUGGAAAUGCAUUUAUCAUGUCGUUCAGUUGCGAUCAUAGGACGUGCGAUACAUUGGUGCUUGUAAGACCUCUAUUUGUUUGUUUUUUUUUACAGAAAGCACAAAGUGUUAUCUAUGCCAACACAUUUUUUAAAUAUCCAUACAAACAUGACCAGCGUUUGUAACCUAUAUUUUGCCUCAAAACCACUCCGCUCAUGACACCGUCAGUCAUGCUCGUUCAGAGCCAUCGGGCGAUUUUAUUUUAUUUUCAAUAGAACACAUGCUUUGUUGAGUGACGUGUCACACCUUCCUCUUGGUGCUAACGCUAUUGACUCAGCCUAUGCUCAAAUGUGACGGUGCUCUUUUAAAUCUUGAUGGGAAUCAAUGCAAAUAAGAUAGUUCUCUUGGCUUGCAACAGAUUGGAUUCAAUCAUUUUAUAGAUGUCAUGUCCCACUUCAGUGCAAAUCAUGGUCCACUUUAAUGUCUUCCACAGCAGGAAAACCACAAGAAAAGACACAAAGAAAUGAAUGUAAGCAUGGAAACGCAACAAUAAUCAACACCUUUUGGUUUAUUGUAUCAGUCCACAUUGCAAAAGUGUAUAGAAAGUGUGUUUUGUACCAACCUGAAGCUAGCACCAGCAUUGCAAAACCUGGAAAAAAAAACUUUUUACUCGUUCAAAUGUUGUGUAAAUAUGUAUGUGAACUAUAUGGUUUUUACUGUACUGUGUGUAGACAAUGGAGGCUCUUGCUUAUUUUGCAACGGAAUUACUGUAUGUGGCUAAAAAAAAAUUAUAUCCAUUUUAGACUUGAGAAGAGACUACAUUUUGCAUUCCUUUUACGGAUGUCUGAUCU